AAACGGCGCGUUUCCUUCGUCUCCUUCGACUGGUCGAGGACGUUGAAUUUGAGUCGAGUAGCCAGCAGUUCUAUAGUGUACAUGUCGUAUGUGCAGUAGAAGACGUCCCGAAGAGGUAUCCGAUCUUUGAGAACUGGUUCUGGCUCGAAGGGGGUCGGUUUAUUCCUCGGUGUUUCUCCGCGCGGCCGCCCGUCAGUCGUCGUUCGGAUCUUGGCCAGGGUGGUCGUGUGCACUUUUGUUCUCAAUUGUGUUAUGACCAUGCUGCAUGACUUCCAAGGCCUUAACGAUUGUCAGGCCUAAUUAAUGAUAGUGUUGUGACACCAACUCAUGAUCCACAAGUGCAUGGACCAUUGAGCUAUUGUUAUCGUUGUGGUCGUGGCGGGGGUUGUGAUACACGUACGUUGAUUCAAGUUCAUGGCGACAAAUCGGAUUUCACGCUUCCGCUCAAAGUUCCUCGUCACUUUGCGGUCGACUUGGAUAUGUCAAAAAAGUUGAAGAGCUUCUUCAAAUCUGGCACGUGCUUUGGAAACCCUCAUGGCAAAGGCUUCCUGCGAUGCUUGAGGUGAGGGCUUGAACUUGAGAAGUCAUGGCCAUUGAUCAACACUUCAUGUCCAAGAACUCCGAUAACCAUUAUGUGAAAUCAUGCUUCACGGAUCAUCGACGAUAAUGUGCAGGUAGCCGACGGGCUGGCUCACCAUGAAAUCGCGCAACCGAUACUCGACAUCUGUGAUAAAACUGUCCCAGGACAUUGUCCUGAUGAGUGUACUCCUCAUUAUGUCAGAUCAUUCUGCGAAGAUGUCAUCCCAAGCAUGUUUAUCUCACAACCAUCAAGUCACACCGACAUUAGAGUCCAGAUCCCUGAAUUUGGAUCGCCGGCGAAUCCUUCAGCAAUGCUUUGGGAAAUUUGGGUGCUAUUCAGUGGACCACCCUUGGUUCUCUAGUCAUCGUCCCUUGAGCUUCUUUCCAAAGUCGCCCAAAGUGAUGAAAUCCUAUUUCUUUCUCUACACGAGACACAAUCCAAUUCAUUUGAAUCUUCUGAAACUUGAGGAUGCACGAAGUGUACAAAUGAGCCAUUUUGAUCCGAGCAAAAUGACCUUUAUCUUGACCCACGGAUAUUUCGAACACGGCCAUGCGGCUUGGCUCCAGCGGAUGAAGACCGAGUUGUUGGUGAACGGUGACUACAAUGUGAUAAUUCUGGACUGGCUGACCGGCUCAGGCCCGCCUUAUAGCCAAGCUACGGCCAACACGAGGCUCAUCGGAGUCAUGGGAGGACACUUGAUGGCCUUCCUCAAGACCCAUGCCAACCUUGACUUGUACAAAGUCCACUGCAUUGGACACUCUCUAGGGGCCCAUGUCUGCGGGUACCUGGGCAGCUACCUCAAGAACGAUUUGCAACUAGAAUUGGGUCGGAUCACGGGUUUGGAUCCGGCUGAGCCGAACUUUGAGUUCACGGACCCUUUGGUCAGAUUGGACCCGUCGGAUGCCUACUUUGUGGACGUGAUCCACACGGAUGGCAACCCUAUUACCAAAAUGGGUCUGGGCCUGUUUCAGCCCUCCGGUCAUUUGGAUUUCUAUCCCAAUGGUGGGAAGGUCAUGUAUGGUUGUGAUGCCCCUAUGAUGAAAACCUUGGAACAGGAGCACGGGAAUAUGGCGGCCGCUUUUCGAAGGGUCGUCGGUUGCAACCACUUUCGUGCCUAUGAAUACUUCAUCGAGUCCAUCAACUCCAAAUGUCCUUUUACCGCGGUCGAAUGUCCAAGUUGGGAAAAGUUCGCCUCUGGAGAAUGCAAUGGAUGCUUGACCGAUGGAGACCCAUAUUCUUGUGACUACAUGGGAUUCUAUGCAUUCACGAAGCUUAAGGGCAAACGGCCCGAGAAAGAAAACCGAGCUCUGUUCAUAUUGACGGCCGAGAACGAACCUUUCUGUGCUUACCAUUAUCGGGUCACCAUCAAGUUGAGCGACACCAAAGAAAGUUUCAUCCAAGGAGGAGAUCGGGGCAAUUUUCUCAUGGUCUUGAACGGGGAUAAUCAAGCGUCCACGCGAUUGCAGCUCAAUAAACAGGAAACUUUCUUUGAGCCAGGUCGAACCUAUCAUUUCAUGACCACCACAGGGGACCUCGGUCAUGUUCACUCAGCGGAUUUGAUCUGGGAGUAUGCUCUUCAUCCUUUCAACCCAUUGACCUGGCGAUUGAGAUCCGAGUCAAGAAUGUUUGUGAACAGAGUUGAAAUCGAGCAAUUUGGCCACAAGCAUAAGCACACCUUUUGUGCCCAAGAUAAGCCUUUCCUGCCGAAAAAGCCCAAGCGUGUGAUCUGGAGGCCCACUUGUCGCGAGAACGCGCCCGACCCUGGUUCCAGUUUCUUGGGAUCCCUACUCAAUGCCGACCCGAUUGGCAAUGCUCAACAGGCCAUUAACUUUGUCAAUCCAUUGAACAUGAAUCCAUUGAAUGGGUUGGCUUCCAUCACCGGUGUAUUCUCGGGCUUCCGAGCCACAAUGCUAAAUAUGGGCCCAAGCUUGAGACGAAUGGGAUUAACAGUCAUGAGGAGUGACCCAGUCAGAAGGAUUCUCGAAUCCGAAUCAAAAGGACCCGAGACACCAUAAUCGUUGAAUAAUAAAUAUCAAAAAGACAAUAUACUAUCUACCACAUCUAAAAGUCCUCCCUCCCCCGAGGCGUAAAAAGUCAAAGCUCAUUGAAAAACUUCGUUUCUC